AUGAGCGGAACAAAAAGUAUCAAUAUUUCAUCUUGGUACAACGUAACUCCGGACAAAAGACCACUCCGAAAAGUAUGUAGAAUUCCACCUGCCGAUACCUAUCCACAAGAUCCAAGGCAAGAAGAAGACAAUGUAACAACGGAAAGGCUCAAAAAAGGAUACCAGGUACCUCUUACACCUUAUGAAUUACAAUCAUUGGUAUUCAACGCUUCCGAAAACAAAUUAAGUCGGCUACCAGAAGCACAUCGUGCAUCCGAAAGGCUAUUAGCUUCAAUUCUUCAAAAGAAAGGUGAAUUCAAUGCAACAUUGGACAAAGAGCGACGGAAAAACAAAGAAAUUACUUGCCAAUUUGCUACUCAUUCAUCCCACAAUAAGCUCCGAGAGCGUGCGCAAUUUUUUGCCGAUUUGAGUCGAGGGAAGUCCUUGAAUUCGCUAGCCCGGAAGGUUCCUCAUAUUCGUAAAAAGGAGGAUAUUCUUCAAGAACUAUUCGAUUAUAAAAUCGAGUUCUCGAGAGCCAUAUGGUUUUACAAAAUAACAGCUGUUUUAUCAUUCAACAUGCACAAUGGAAAAACGAAAAAAUCGCUCAGCGAUUCUGCGUGUUUAGAAUACGCACAUUUAUGUGGCAAACAUUUGCGAUUCAUUUUGUUCAAAUUGUCUCGUAACGAAUUUUAUGAAAGAGAGGAAUACAUUGAAAAAUGGGAAUAUGCAUCUGUGCUAUUUAAAUUAAUGUUUGAUGAGGGAAUGCUGGAAAAACAAGAAUUCCUUAAUGAACUGUGCGAUAUUUUUUCGGAAUUGUUUCUAAAUAAGAAGAGUCAAGAGGAACCCGUGCUUCUGAAAUUGUUUAUGAAUUAUCUCGUGAAAUUUUCGUACCAUAUUAACCAGAGUUUGGUUCUUGCACGGAGAACGGCACAUAUAAUCGCAAUGAAGUUGCGCUAUCUCCAUGAUUAUUCGGAAGAAUGCAAGAGAUUUAUGCGAUAUUACAGGAGAAUUGUCUCAGAUACCAAAACCCCUGACGAAGAAAAUGAAGAUGAGAUUCUCAAAUUGCUACAAAAUGCAAAGGAAUACCAACAACCGAAACCGAUAAUGUUUGAUCCUGAAACGGAGAAAUAUGUCGAUAAUAGGGACAGUGAUUACGACUAUUCUGAUAGUGAAGAAGUCAGUGAUGAAGAGGAGGAAGAAAGUUUAGAUGAAGAUGAAGAGGAAAACGAGGAGUUGUGUGAACGAAAACAUCAGAAGAAACAUUCGAGAAAGAUUAAACGUGAAAUUAAAUUCGGAACUGAAUAUAUGAGUGAUUCUGAACCUGAGGAUGAUGCUGAAGAAAACAAAAAAGCUGAUGACAGAGCUGAUGAAAACGAGGCAGACGACGACGAAGAAGAAGAAGACACUGAUAUUGAAGUUCUCCUUGAUGAUAUUAUUGAUGAUACGAAUCUCGAAGAUGGCGAUGGUGUUUCCGAAGGAGUUGCGGAUGGUGCGUGCGAUGAGACCGCCGCGAGCGCCGUCGAAAUUGUUGAUCUUGAAGAUGUUGGAGAAUGUGCCACAGAUGGGGCUGUUGCCGUUGCGGAUAUAGAUGCUGCUGAUGCUGAAGUUGCCGUCGCCGAUGUUGAAUCAAUCAUCGAUGCAGAUGCUACUACCCAUGCUGAUGGAGAUGAUGACAUCGAUACCAAUAUUGAUGCCGAUUCGGAUUCGGAACUCGAUGUUGAUAUUGAUGCAAAUGAUUUGCAGGCCAUCUCAGAACUCGAGUUGGUCAUGUACUCUGAUGAUUACGAACUACGCUAUGCUCACGUAUUCAACCCUGCGCCUUAUCAACCACCAGUUAUGCCACAAUAUUCACUUCCAUAUGUUCCGAUGCAAAUGGAUUACGAGAUGGAGCCUCCAAAGUUAUUGCCACCUGACAAAAUCGUUUUUGAUCCACCUGUUUUGGAAUCAAAACCAGAAUUAGAUGAAAAACAGUGUUCAUCCGAGAAAAUGGACGUGGACAGCGAGUCUGAAAAAGAUGCUACAAUGGAUUCUGCCACGGAUGAUGAGGAUAAAAUGGACAUUGAUGGAACACCACCAUUAUCAGCAAAGGAUGGCGAGGAAAUGGAAGUGGACACUACCUCGAUGAGGGAUGACUCAGAUUCGCCACCACCAAUAAUUGAGAAUAACGAAGAUACGAACAAACCUGAAGACUCCAACGAAACUGCUGAGGGCCCAUCGAAAACGGAAGAAAACAAUGAGAAAAUGGAGAAUAAUGAGAAAAACGAAGGCGAUGGGAAGAUCGAAGUAAAAGGGAAGUGCGAGGCUGAAGAAAAGAACAAGUCUGACGAUAUCAUGAAAAAAGAAGGAAAAUCAGAAGAAGCAAAAAUGACGGGAAAGUCUGAAGACGAUAAAAUUUCUGACAAAGAGUCUACAACUGCUGAAAACGAUCUAAAAAUGGAAACUGAUAAUCCGUUGAAAGCUCCAGAUGAGGAAGAGAAAGCCAAAGAUGGAGAACGUGGUAUCGAAACAGCUGCGAAUGAUAAUGCAAAAGUGCCGAUCAACCUUACUGCUGGAAUUUUAGAUGAUGAAGAAGAUAAACAGAAAAAAACAUUCAAGCCGCUGGUAACUUUUAGAGGAUAUCGUGGAUUGGAAGAAUGUGGCAUGUAUUCGACAAGUGUUUACUUGAUGACAGCGAUGCUUCAAACGAUUGCAAUUGAGUCACCAGGCUCAUUGGUUUGGAACAAAUUCGUGAUAACCGAUGAGAAGAAACCACUAAUAAUUCGUCAGCUUUGUGGUUCGCCGUUGGAUUUCUUACCAUGUCCAAUAUACAAUCUUCCAAUGCCUCCAGGGUCUGAGAGAUUCGUCGAGAUUGUUAAACUUCGCAACAUCGAGAUCAUGCGUAGAAGCCAAGCUGUUCAGGAGCGCUGGAGUUUCAAUACGAUGGAACAAUUAAAAUUUGGCAGAGUCGUUGAAACAUGUGUAGAUGUUGUCAGCAUAUUGGAUGACGUUGAUUUAUACGAUACUAAUUCUAUUGCUGAAGCUGCGGAAAGUUUAUUCACGUUCCAAAGUAGCGCUUACAACGAAGAAGUUCUUAUAAGAAUAAAAUUGAUGAUGCUUUGGGCAAUCACGGAAGAACGAGAAGGAUCAUAUCGACCAACAUUGGUUGCUAAAAUCUUUCGCGCAGGAUGUGAUAUGGCCAAAACUGAUACCAUCGGAGAAUGGAGGAUACAAGAUGUUAUGAUUAACUUUAUGUAUUACGAUGGACCGCAAAACGGCCAACCAAAGUUUCUCAUGAAAUUUGAGGCAUGUAUUCAUUUGAUUCUCGAGCUUAUACGGGUUGGAGUUUUUGAUCACGACGCAUUUAUUAAAUAUUUGAUUAAAACCGGUUAUUAUGAUCAUACGCAACCUAUCAUGAAAAGAAUGAAGAAAGAAAAGGUGUCAAUCUUGAAAAAGAAAAUGAAGGAGCGUGACGCUAAGCAACCUGUGAACAAAAAGUUGGUUUAUUUCACAUCGGAGAAAUAUUUCCGCAGGCUAUAUCAGAGCCGCAAGAUUGAUAUGUACGAGAAGCUUGUUAUUCAGAUUCCUUUACCGCAAGAAGAAGCGUUCCAAGAUGAAGCAACCCAAAGAUUUCAUGUUUUAUACGGGUUGGGUGAUGCAUGCAAUGAUCAUUUGGAAGAUCUGAGAAAAAUUGCUUUUGACAUAUUCAAAAUCUGGCAGAAGAAAAUUUAUGUGGAGUUUUCCUCAAAAAUGGACACGGUCUGGUCACCGAGAAGACUGGAUACUCAACAACUGAAUGAUAUGAUGUUCAAAUUCAGAUGUCAAACGUUUUAUGAUCAAAUGGUGAUAACUGGAUGGUGUGCUGAGACAUUCAUGGAAAUGAUUGUUGAUUUUAAUCGUGGAGCUUCCCAACGGUUACCAACCGGCGAAGGUCUCGAUAUUCUGUUAAAAAUGUAUGAAACUUGUCAAGAUGUUACGGGCAUCUUCGAAAUGAUCGAACAGAUGGUACCUUUACUAAACGGAGUUGAAAAACGCAUAAAUGAUUUGGCGGCUGAUUGCAUUCCUGGAAGUAUUGCGUCUCAAAUGGGUUUCGUAUUUGUGACAUAUAUAAUGAAACACUGGCAAAGAUUCGUGCUUUAUGACAAUGCUCCCGAAAUUGUGAAUAUUAUGUACUCUAUUGUAAAAGACAUGUUGAGACUCAGAAACUUUCCAAUGACUUGUUGGGGAAGAAUGAUCGCCGUGUUUUGUGUUCACGCAAAGCAUGUGCUUUUAAAAUUAGAACCGGAAACGGAAAUGAUAAGCAGGAAAAGUGAUUUGAAAAAGAUUCACAACCUCGGAACUCAAGAAAAAUUGGAAUAUCGUCGAUAUAACGCUUUGUUCUUUCGCGAUAUUCUUGAAAAUCGCAAUACUAUGCUACGCUUCUUCUCAUAUCAUGAGUACAAAAAGCGUCUCUAUUCAUUUGAUGUCUACUCGAACCGAUAUUCGUUUGUGAUAAAUUCUCUCAUUGCUGCUAAGAAAUGCGAGCGAGAUUUUGACCGAAUCAGUGAGAUGGCAACGUUCUGUAGUCAUAUCACUGCACAAAUCCCAGGCUUGGCUGAUUACUGGAUUGGUGCGAUAAAAGGACUUUGCUUCUUGAGUAUCAGUCGAGAUCAUCAAUUUUCCGAACUUGGAAAUGAAAUUGACAUUACGGAUUGCUCUUGUCACUAUGCGUUGUCUACAUUUAUUAUGCUUCUCGCUGGAAAAUAUUCUUUCAACACCCCAAAACUUGCUUCAGAAAUGCUCACCAGCGUUGUGGGAAUGAUGUUCAAAAAAGAAGGACGAAGCAAGCCUGGAAGAACUGAGCCUGAUUUUGAGCCUGGAGUUACUCUCGGCCUGCUUAUUGUGUGUAAGCUGUGCUGCAAUAAAGAUGAUCCGUUUGAAUUUGCUCCUCACUAUCGUGGAUUUUACGAUAAGCAAAAGCUGAUUGACAACAAUGCUGAUGAAAAUUCGAUUCUGAUUGUUCAAUGGUUUGAAAUGGAUCGAAUUUUAUUCCCAAUCAUUAGCCAAGUUGGGUUGUUGAAUGACACAUUGCGAGCGAGAUAUAAGGAUUUAGACUUGGUCCUUCCUGAUGAAGUUGAGCAUACAAUGUACAAAAAAGAAUAUCUUUAUAAUAUCGUCAGAAUUGUACAACAAGCAAUUUGUGAGCAAGAAUGGGUUACUUUUAAAAUGUAUCGGAUUGUGCAAUCAAAUAACAUGGAGGCUUUCAACCACGACAAGCUCAAGCAAAACUGUUUGGGACAGCAAUUGCUGAGACUUGGGCUGCGCAGGAAAAGCGAAAGAAAAAUCGUACAAGAACUUGCUGUUGCAAAUGGAAAUUCGAAGAAGGCGCUCAUUGAUAAAUUGUUUUCUGUCAUGAACCUUUGGAACUUCCGUGCCACAAUUUUUGAUCUGACGUUGAUGAUCAAAGAAAUUUCGCCGGAUGGUGGACAGCGUCAUGCUCAGCAAGGAGCAAUUGCUGCUGACGCAUUGAUGAGUGAAAUAGGCAAAUGCUGUCGUGAUUUGUUCAUCAAUGCCUAUCGUGAAUCCUACGAUCUCUCAUUGUCCAACUUUGACUUCCGAUUCAGCGAUAUUACAAAGUACUGGUUGAUUGCGCCGCUCGUUAGAAUUUGCCCCAAGCCCCACAACAUUCCAGCUCAGUACGCCAAUUUCCAAAAUGGUUCCGUUUCCGGAAAAUUCUUGAAAGAAGCGGCUGCAAUGCUUGAUACAGCGUCUGAUCCAUCUAUUGAGCGGAUGAAUCAAAGUGCUUGGCUUCUUUCACAAUUGCCAUUUAUCAAUCUGAUUUUGUCGUGCUUGAAAGCGGAAAAGAGUCAGCUAAACAAAGACGUUUUUAUCAAUUCGAUUCACAAUCAAAUGCAGUGCAGUAUCAAUCGGUGUAGAGAAACGCCUGGAAAGUUACUUGAAAUCGAUGAACAUAGCGGUGCUGAACGCGAAUGCAUUCUGUUGCGAUUGUCCAUGGUUGGACACAUUUUCCAUGAAAUUUGCAAACCAGGUCAAUGCGAACCCUGGAGCCAUAUUUUGUAUCAAAUGAUGCUUCAUGGAAUUGUUAGCCCGGAUAAAGAAAAAGUUGUAUACGAUACCUGUUUCGAUAUGCUUUCGACUAUUAUGCUCUGGACACUUACGGAUCCAAAUACAUCAAGCCAAAUCCCCAGCGAGGGAGAUCAAGUGAAAUUCAGAUGGCCACAAUACUCUUCCAUCAUUAAGAAAUUGAAAAAAGAAUUAGCUGAUGCAAGAAUACCAGCAGAUCAAAGAACCAUUCUUACAUUUUUACCAAUUCCGAAAGCUGCAAUGGACAUUGUGAUUGUGGAACCGUUCGGAAUCAACCAACCACCCCCAAGAUUUCAUCGUAUGUAUCAACCUCCCCUUGGUAUUCGCCAUGGCCGUUAUGCUUACAUUCCUGUUGACAAGGUUAAAAUCUCUGCAUAUGACCUUACGGCAGGAUACAUGACAGAAGGAAAUGCAAAGGGUGGAUGGCGUUAUCAAUGGUUCCAGGCAACCAAGUUAGAUCGAAUCGCUGUUCCACUUCCAAAACAGUUUAAGAUUAUCGCAGCUCAUAAUCAUGUUCUCGAUUUUCCGAGACCAAGUCUUUUCAUGUUGGAAAACAUGCAAGAUGACCUUUAUCUGCAACCUCCAGCAAUCGAAAUCACCGGCGAAAUUGAGCAACCAGGAGAAGGAAAGGAUGCAAAAGAAUCGAAGGACAAUAAAGAAUCGAAAGAUUCCAAGGAUUCCAAAGAUGAAAAAGAUUCUGAAGAUGCAAAAGACGAGAAGGAAUCCAAAGAUGAGAAAGAUUCUAAAGAAGAAAAAGAGUCGAAGGAUGAAAAAGACUCCAAAAGCAAUAAAGAUGAUAAAGGCGCCAAAGACAAAGAAACAAAUGACAGCGAAGAUACGGGUAAAGAUAAUAAGGAUGGAGAGAAGGAAUCUGAUGAGAAGAAAAACGAAAAGACCCCUGACAAGAAAGCUAAUAAAAAGACUGACAAGAAGGAGGGAGAUGGAGAGAAGUCUCCUAAAAAUCAAUCUGCUGAAAAGAAAGCUUCGGAGACCAGUGAAAAAGAAAAAGUCAAAGAAGAUGACAAAAAGAUUGAAAAAUCGCCGGCCACGAAAGAAGAAUCGGAAUUCAAAUCGAAAAUUUCAAUGAAUACUGCAAGCUCUAUUGCACCAACAUUACCAAUUAAUGAAUAUUCGACUCCUGAUAUUACCGAAAUUCCGCCACCAAUAGAAAGAUCUGCUCCAAUCAGCGAAUCGCCAUCAAAGAGAGGACGUGGAACAAAACGAUCAGCUUCAAAUAGAGGAGGAAAUCGCGCUAAGAGAAGGCCUUCGCGUACAGAUGCUGCUCAAGGAUCAUGGUCUGGAUCGACGUAUCCGUCUUCUUCAAAUCAACCUCCGAUGAGUACUGGAUCCAGUGACGAGACAAAAGCAAAUAUUCGAAAUUUGCUUAAUCGCAAACAAGAAAAGAAAAAUACUACAGCUGCUGCAGCGGCUGCCGCUGCCGCUGCCGCUGCCAAUGCUACCGGCACGGGUGGAGCACCUUUGCAACCUUCUCAACAAAUUCCACCAGCGACCUCCGCUACUGGGAGCCACCAACAAUCGCAGCCGCCAAAAAGAUUACCUCCGAUUCCUCCUCCGUUGCCGAUUCAUAGUCAUAUGAGACCGCCACCAUAUACUAGCAAUCAAGGAAAUGAUUCAUUUAAUCAACGAAAACCAGCAUUGAAUGCACCUCAACAAGCAAAUUUUGGAUCUCUUGGAGGCAAUCAAGGAAACAGUUCGGAUGUAAAUUCGGCACAGCCCCCUCAACUACAAAAGCAACCUGUACAACCACCUCAAAAAUCUGAUCAGCUUCAAGAACCACCGCAGUUAAUGCAACAAGUGAUGCCAACACAACAUCAGCAAAUGAUGCAACAUAGUCAACAGCAGCAAACGGGACAGCAAAUGCCGGCACAACAGCAUCCAUCACAUCAACUUAGACAAUUUGGACAGCAACCCUCAGAACAGCAGCCUACUGUCCCGCAGCAACCAGGACAACAUCCGCCUGGACAACAGCAACCAGGUCAACAGCAGGGUGUUCAACAGUACUUGCCUGGACAACAACAACAAUCGUCACAACAGCUUGGACAAUCAGGAAAGCAACUUCAUGAACAGCAGCAUCCAGGGAAACAACAACCUCCGCAAAAUCAGUUCGCCCAAUAUCCGUUUGGACAACAACAGUCUAGUCAGCAAGCGUCAGGUCAACAGCAUCCUGGACAGCAAUUCCCUGGCCAACAACCCUCUGGCCAGCAACAUCCAGAACAGCGAUACCCAGGACAUCAAUAUUCAACUCAGCACAAUCCGGGACAACAAUACUCAGGUCAACAACAUCUCGGACAGCAGCAUCCAGCACAGCAGCAAACAACGCCGCAACAGCCAGUACAACAUUCGUUUGGAAAACAGCCAACAGAGCAGCAACAGCCAGGACAACAACAUUCUGGACAGCAACAACAGUCACAAAAUCAGUUUGGCCAACAUCCAUUUGGGCAUCAACAUCCUGGACAGCACCAACCUGGAAGUUCAUUUUUAUAUCAACAGCCCGGACAACAUCCGAUCGGUCAAUAUCCACCCGGACAACAUCUAACUGGUCAACAACCUGGUAAGCCACAGCCUGGAAAUCAGAUGCCUGGAAAUCAUCUAUCUGGACAACAACUACCUGGGCAGAAACUUCCUGGCCAGCCCCUUCCCGGUCAACAUUUAAUAGGACAUCAGCCAACUGAGCAACAACAACAACCUGGUGUUCAACCGCUUGGUCACCGGCAACAAGGGCAACAACAAUCUGGACUACAUCCAUUUGGGCAACAACCUUCUGGAGCACCAAGUCAACAAGUUUCACUUGGUCAACAUCCACAACAACAGCAAAAUCAGCAAGAAAAACACAAUGCACAGCAACAACAUCCGGUACCGCAACAACAACAGCAGACAACUCAGACUUCGUUCGGACGGCAGCUUCAGUCGUCAACCGAUCAAUUCAAUUCGCUCAGCUCGAUGAGCUCUCUAGCUGCUAGCUUCGGACAGCCUCCACCUAUUUCGCAAUCAACUGGAAUUCACAACCAACCACAACAGCAAGGAUCACAUGGACAAAAUUCUCAGCAGCCUCCGCUGAAUCGCAGCCAGCAAAAUAUGUUCCAGCAGCAACAACAGAUGCAACAGGAGCAGCAUCAGCGCCAACUACAACAGCAGCAACAGUUGCAACAAGAGAAACAGAAACAAGCUCAACAACAAGCCCAGCAACAAGCUCAGCAAAAAGCUCAGCAGCAAGCCCAGCAACAAGCGCAGCAACAAGCGCAGCAACAAGCUCAGCAGCAAGCCCAGCAACAAGCGCAGCAGCAAGCUCAGCAACAAGCUCAGCAACAAGCGCAACUGGCACAGCAGAAAGCUCAACAACUUGCACAUCAACAGGGUCAACAACAAGCUCUAAACAAUGCACAGCAGCAAGCGCAACAAGCUCAACAAGUAGCUCAAAAACAGGCUCAGCAACAAUCUGAAAAGGAUGAGCGGGCUACAGGCUAUAAUUCUAAAGAAGAUAUGAAACGCCGGAAGCUCGAUGCAGCGAAUUCCUCCGCCACUUCCAAACAAGUCAUCAAUGGGUAA